AUGUCAAACCUAUCAUCUAAACCAAAGACAACCAUCAUCAUCUCCAACAUUCAAAAAGAUAUUGACUUCAAGCAAUUGUCAGCAGAAAUAAAGGCAAAGGUCUACCAAAACGAGGAGAUAAAGGCCAAUAACGAUCUCAUUGAGUAUUUCUCAGAGCUCCCUUCACUAAGCAGAAUUGUUAUUGUAUUGGCAAAUGAAUUGUUAUCCUUGAAAAUUUUCACUUUGAUAAAGGACUCCAUAAUCGUCAAGUUCAACUGGGACAACAAAAAAACUAUUCAAAUCAACUUGACAGAGACCCUAAUUAGAAAGAAAAGCAAUUCCUUUUCUUCUCUAGAUACCAGCGACAUCGACCAAUUUCUUAGCGAUGAGCACAAUAAAAUAGAUCAUAUUGAAUCCAGCACUCUUUAUAAAGAACCAAAACCUGCAAAGAAAUCAGCAAGUUAUAAUGAAUUGCCCAAAUUGAACAUCCAAACCGAAAUUUCACCCAUUGACACUGAUAUUAAUGAUUCUUCUUUAAACACUGAAGCUGCUAUCUAUUUCGACAACAAACCUCGUAAACGAUCUGAAUCAAAAGUUUUAUAUUCUCCUGCUAAUUCAUUAUCGAUAAACAACUCUGAUAUAAGUGGUAAUAAUUCUCCAUCUCCCCUUAGUCCUGUAAUAACUUUGGACGAUUUUGAUUUUGAUUUCAAGACUCAGACUGAACCACAAGAAAAGUCAUAAAGUUACCCAAUUAUAAAAUUAUAAAAUUAUAAAAUUAUAAAAUUAUAAAAUCAUAAAAUUAUAAACUAAUGAAAUAAUUAUUUAAUUACUUACUUAAUUGGUUUGUUGUUCUAUCACUUGUCUCAAUUAGAAUAGUUGAAAAAUCCUCUUUCAUUCAAUCUCAAUUAAUCUCUUUUUACCCAAUUUAUUAUUUUUUUUAAUUAGAUUAUUUUAAAUUUUUCACAUAUUUUCCUGUAACCAAUUAAUU